CCGGCUGCCGCACCGCCGGGAGCCGAGCCGGCAGCCCCGCCAUGCCGCGCCGGGCCCGGCGGCUGCCCCGCCCGGGUUGCCCGGGCAGCGGCGAGGAAGCCGCCGCCAUGAGCAAGAAGCGGCUGCAGCAGCUGGUGGAGUCGCUGAGCCGCUCGGCCAAGCACUUUAAUCGAGGUGAAGUGGAAUGCCUCAUCAGGCUCUUCGACACGCUGAUGAGCGCGUCCCACAGCCGCUUCGCCGCGGUCGGCUUCGAUCGCAACGUGUUCCUCGACACCCUGCACCGCGACUUCGGCAUGACGGACGACGUGCUCAUGGACAGAGUGUUCCGCACUUUCGAUAGAGGCAAUGAUAAUUGCAUCAGUGUGGUGGAAUGGGUGGAAGGCUUGUCGGUAUUUCUUCGGGGGACACUGGAAGAAAGGAUUAAGUAUUGUUUUGAGGUUUAUGACCUGAAUGGUGAUGGAUAUAUUUCAAGAGAGGAGAUGUUUCAAAUGCUGAAAAACAGCCUUCUCAAACAACCAUCAGAAGAAGAUCCUGAUGAGGGAAUUAAGGACUUGGUAGACAUAGCACUGAAGAAAAUGGACCAUGACCAUGAUGGCAAACUUUCUUUUGCGGACUUUGAAGAAGCUGUCAAAAAUGAAAAUCUUCUCUUAGAAGCCUUUGGACCGUGUUUGCCAGACGUAAAGAGCAGUAUGGCAUUUGAAAGGAGGACCUUCCAGGAAAAGCGUAAACUGUAACUCCAACUGGAACACUGUUCAAUGAAUUCUUCAUCAUUCCUCAUAGGACAGUAGAAAUAAAAGCACCACAAAACGAUUGAUAUCUUAAGUGUCAAUUCUCCUUUACUGUAAAAGCUAUGGAAUAAAUAGAAUUUGCUUUUAUUACUUUA